AAGGCUGUUCUGCAUUUCAUUCAGCGCAGCGUCGCAGCCCCUAAUUUUUAGAAAUUAUAUCGACACUCGCUUUAAAUACAACUUUUAAACCAGUUAAGUUACUUCAGUUUUCGCAUGUGGAACUCGACUAAAGGGACACACCAACAACAAUCCGGUAACUACUAAUUCGGUAUUUUUAAGGUGGUAAAGUAGUAGGGUCUCCCUGUCGAACCAAGUUGCAUGCAAAAAGAAAGAAAAAAGAUAACGGUAUUCGGCUGAGGAUCGGAGUACUGCUCAUCAAAGUGGAGUCGUUUCGUCAGCGAAGACAACGAUGAACAGGAGAAACUGAGGUGCUGCAGCUCAAGAGUUGUGACUCUGGUCUGAUAAAUGUUAACCCACUCCAGUAUUUGUAUGGGUCUUUCUCAUCAACCAAAGAUUUCCCCUGGUGGACUAAACAAACAACGUGACCCCAACAGAGCAACACCUGUCCUUAGUCUACUUGUUGUCUGACAGCACUCACGUCAAAGAUCUACAUUCUUCUUCUUAUUUCACCUCUCUGCUUCUGUUAGAGUGGGGGAUGACUGUUUUCUAACACCUCUCAGCCUGCUUAUCUACUUGAUCCGUACAACUUGAAACAUCACUGGACAUGGAGGACUAUGAUGUUCGCUCAGCUGCCAGCAUCCUGGCCUCAGUGAAAGAGCAGGAAGCACGUUUUGAGCAGCUGACCCGAGCCCUUGAAGAGGAGCGUCGCAACGUCACCCUGCAGCUUGAGCGUGCCAAUCUGCCUCCCAAUCCCCCCACCAGCCAGCCACUAGCAUGGCAGCAAAUGGUGAUGCAGGAGCAGAGCCCUAGUAACGCCACUUCCCUGGGCAUGAUGCAGGAGCCACAGGAGGUGGUGGAGGAGACGGUCACCAUAGAGGAGGACCCCGGCACCCCCACCUCCCACAUCUCAGUGGUCACUUCUGAUGAUGGAACCACACGGCGCACUGAAACCAAGGAUAAAUCGGCUAACUUAAAGGUGACUAAGAUGGUGAAGACGGUGACCACCAGGACAGUGCGUCAGGUACCCCUUGGCCCCGAUGGCUUGCCCCUGCCUGAGGGUUCAUCCCCAUUGGGCAGCUACACCGAUUCUAUUGACCGGCGAUACAUGAAGAAUGGAAGUGACCGCUUCAUCACACCUCAAGCAACGUCCACCCUGACGCGCUCCUACAACAACUCCUACAAUGAUUCAUACGGAGAAGCACCUGAGAGCCAGUACAUUCGCCACUACGGCCUACAUGAUGGUUAUACCGAUUUGACGGACAACUACGGCAGUCUCUCACGCGGCAUCAACUUCCGGCCGCCACGCUACCCUUACAUACCCAACAGCUACCGGCCGGAGAAUAGCUACACACUGCCCAUCCGCAAGGAUGACUAUGGCCAUGUGGCGCAGCCCCAGGUCCCCAUGGGGAGCAGCACUGUGGAUCUGAACCGCUCGCAACCAGAACGAUUCCAGCCGGAGCCAUAUGGCUUGGAGGAUGAUCGCCGCAGCCUGGGUCCUGAAGAGGAAGAGCCAUAUGAGCUGGAACCUGACUACUCCACUGCCAACCGUCGCACCCUGCCUGGGGCCAACCGAGGUCGCACUCAUCGGGAACCUCUUCGCGAUGUUCCCCGAGUCAGAGGGUACCCAGAUGACCCCAUUGAGGCAGAGCUGAUCGAUGAGCGCCACCCUUAUAUCCACGGCAUGUAUUCAGCCCCACUGGCUCAGCCAGAGAGGGGAAGCAUGGCCAGUCUGGACCGGAUGGGCGGCCGGCGCUCACCUUCCAUUGACAGCAUCCGCAAGGACCCACGCUGGCGGGACCCUGAUCUCCCCGAGGUCAUCGCCAUGCUAGGCCACCCUAUCGACCCGGUAAAGUCCAACGCCGCCGCUUACCUGCAACAUCUCUGCUACGAAAAUGACAAGAUCAAGAAGGACGUGCGCCAGCUGAAGGGGAUUCCUGUUCUGGUGGGACUCUUGGAUCACCCUAAAUCUGAAGUCCACCGCAAGGCUUGUGGCGCUCUGCGCAACAUCUCCUACGGCAAGGACAAUGACAACAAGGUGGCCAUCAAGAACUGUGACGGCAUCCCGGCCCUUAUCCGCCUGCUGAGGAAGACCAACGACAUGGAAGUUCGAGAACUAAUCACAGGAACCCUGUGGAAUCUGUCAUCUUAUGAGCCCCUGAAGAUGGUGAUCAUCAACCAUGGCCUGCAGACCAUGACCAAUGAGGUCAUAAUCCCCCACUCGGGUUGGGAGCAUGAACCCAAUGAGGACUCAAAGCCGCGUGAUGCUGAGUGGACCACUGUCUUCAAAAACACAUCCGGCUGCCUCAGAAAUGUGAGCUCAGAUGGAGCAGAAGCCAGGCGUAGACUGAGGGAAUGCGAGGGUUUAGUAGACGCCCUACUGCACGCUCUUCAAUCAGCUGUUGGGAAGAAAGACAUGGACAACAAGUCUGUUGAGAACUGCGUUUGUAUCAUGAGGAACCUGUCCUAUCACGUCCACAAAGAGGUGCCAGGUGCCGAAAAGUUCCAGGACCCAUCAGCGCUGCAGGCCCCUGGUUCAGCAGGGCCACAGAGAAAGAAGAAGGAUGAUGCUGGCUGCUUUGGAGGCAAGAAGGCCAAAGAGGAAUGGUUUAAUCAAGGCAGAAAAAAUGGUGAGAAUGACAAAAACUACGAUACAUUGGAUCUGCCCAAGCGUACAGAGCCAUCAAAAGGCUUUGAGCUGCUGUACCAGCCAGAAGUAGUGAGGCUCUACCUUUCUCUGCUGACAGAGAGCCAGAACUACAACACCCUGGAGGCAGCUGCAGGGGCUCUGCAAAACCUCAGUGCUGGACAGUGGACUUGGUCCAACUACAUCCGAGCCACGGUGCGGAAGGAGAAAGGUCUGCCCAUCCUGGUGGAGCUGCUGCGCUCAGAUUCUGACAAGGUGGUCCGAGCCGUGGCCAUCGCCCUGCGCAACCUGUCCAUUGAUCGCCGCAACAAGGAUCUGAUUGGAAGUUAUGCCAUGCGGGACUUGGUGAGCAACCUGCCCAGCGGUCAGCAGCGACCAGCCAAGAACCUGGAGGAGGACACUGUGGUCGCCAUCCUCAACACCAUCCACGAGAUAGUUACAGACAGCUCUGAAAACGCUCGCUCUCUCAUCCAGGCCCAGGCCAUCGAGAAGCUGGUUGCCAUUAACAGGACCAGCCAAUCAGCACGGGAAACAAAGGCAGCUUCCCACGUUCUGCAGACGGUGUGGAGCUAUAAGGAGCUGAGGAACGCUUUGACCAAGGAUGGCUGGAACAAGAGCCACUUCCAGCCCACUGUGACGGCCACCCCUAAAGCAACCAAGAACGGCAAACCAGGUUAUGAUGACACCACCCUGCCCCUGAUGGAAAAGAACCAAGGCACCAGGAAAUGUGGCAGUGCUGAUAUGAUAUCUAUGGAUGAGCUGGGUCCAGCAGAUGGUUACUCCACCGUUGACCAGAGGGACAAGGACUGUAAAUAUAAGACGGGCGACGGCUCGGGGGACGUGACAGAACGGGAGCCUUUAAAGAAUGACACAAAUAGGAAACACUAUAUCAGGAGUAACAGGCCUGCGGUCAGUCUGGUGGACGCUUGUGAUGUUAAGCCCCAGCCUGUUGACUCCUGGGUCUAAAUGCAUGCAUGGCCUAAAAUAGCAACAAUGCGACACCCCAGCUAGGAGAGGAUCUCUCAUCACCACUGCCAUUUCACAGGAGCUCAUGUUUGGAGUUGGAUUUUGUACAGAAAAAGAGGAUUUAAAAAGAAAACGAUCACAACAGCAACUACCCAGCAGCAGCUACUGUUCAGUCAUGCUUUUCUGACAAAAAUUAAAGAAAAAAAAAAAAAAAGAAAAAAAAGUUACAGCUCUCACUACUUUAUCAUAUCUACAUUCCCACUGGACAGCUUGUGAAUUUUAUAGUGUUUGCUCUCGUUGAGCUUUACAAGAAACAGACAGAGGAGGCAAGUAAAGCGAAGUAGAUGGAAAAGGAAUGUGGAUUGAAAGGAAACCUGUGGGUACCUGUCAUUUUUUUUUAAUCUAAAAGCAGUUUUGUGGGAGAAUUUUGCUUUUGUGAACAGGUUUGGACUGGUGUGUUUGAAGGCUACUGGAUGUUUGUUCUGGUUUUGAUGACGUGGAACGGGGAAAAGGCUACAAGAAUGGAAAGAAAGCGAGGUCGAGAAGAGCUGAAGCAAAAUGGAGGAACACAAAUCCCCCCCAAGAGUCUGAUCUGAUGAACUGAAGACCUGUCUGGGUUCACUGUGUUUUUCAUAAUAGUUAAAAAAAAAAGUGCACUGCUUUGAAAUCAUGUGUUAAAGAGGUGAUUCAUGUCCAUUUUAUAAAGUGAAGAAUGCAAGUUGGAGCUGGACAAAAGCAAGUAAAAAAGUGCGUCUAAUGAAGUUAUUGUUUCUGUUCACACCGCAUCAGAGGAGGAAACUAAAUGGAAAAUACAAAACAAAAAAAAAUAAUAAUGAAGAGAUGUUUAGUUGGACUGUGCUCAACAUGAAUGAGCCAAACAGCAUCUCUCUCAGAGCUGUGGUUACCUGUGUGAUCAUUCAUCGUGUAUUAAUACCACUUUAUGAGUUUCCUGGCUGGUUGCUGUUUGUAACUGAUGUAUAUUGAAUCGGUGCUUUUGACAAGAGAGGAAGAAGAUUGUUUUCUUGUUGAAAUGAUGGGUCUAAAAGGAUUUUUCUUUCUUUUGUCACUUCUUUGUUGGAUUUUUAUAUAAAUGUAUAUUAGAAUUAAACAAAAAAACCUUUAAAAAAAAUGAAGGAAAACAAGAAAAAUCACUCUUCUUUGUUGUAUAGUGAUACCACCUUGUUUGAAAAGCACAUCUAUUUGAUAAAGGCUCACCAUGUUUGUAAGCAACAAAAAUAACCAUCUGUAUAAUUUAAAUGUGUCAGAUGUUGUUGAGUCACACAAAAUGAUCGUUUAUUUAUAUUUUCUAUUUGUCAGAGAAAAAAAAACGUUUAUCGGCAUUGUUCUUUAUAAAGGUGAUGGGUGCAGGUUUGCCUACUCCUGACACGCUGGAUGGGUUUGACAGUGGAAAUGGAAAAGUCAAGAAAUGACAGUGUUAAUAAAAGAGCCUUCAUUUUUCUUCCACAUGCAUUUAUAGAUCAUCUAAACACCACCAACCCUCCUUCACUGCUGCAUCUUAAAGACAAAUAUGAAGUUGUGAGCAUGAAGAAAAUCUGUACAGAUGUUUAUAUUCUAUUCUUUCCAAGUGCCAGUUUUUUGUGGUGUCGUUUGGAUAUUAACUAAAUCACUCGUGCAGGAAGAGAGUAGAGGUGGAUGAUUGGAUGUGUCUGGAGGCAGAAACUGAGUAUAGAUUAAAACGUCGAGGCAGGGGUCAUAGAGUUUAUAUUUUUACAGCGCCGUAGUGUGAGCAGUUUGAGAUACGGAAUCACGUUGCCAUGUAAGAGAAUCCAAUCUAAGCUGGUAUCACUCAUGCGUCUCUCACUCAAGGCGAAUGGCAUGUGCCUGCGUUGAAGUCAGAUUUUUCUUUGUGACGUAUGUGACUUUAUAAAGCUUGCAUAUUUUACACAGUGUUUACAAAGAUGUACGUUGUGGUUAAAAUCAAAGAAACUACAAAACAAACAAAAAAAAAAUGUUACUGUAUAUUGAAUACACAUUUCAGAGGCUAAAAAAUAUAUAACACCCAGCAUCCCUUGUGUGUGUCCUCAGACAUGUGCUUUCAUUGGACAAAGACCCAUGUGACUGUCUGUUUUCUAAAUGCACUACACAGUACCACAACCAAAGGAAAUAGAGUUGUCCUCACAUAAAUUCCUAAAAAAGUUGUGUUUUUUUGGUGGGUUUUGUGGAUGUGCAGCCAAUUGUAUAUUUGCAGAAUAAAGAGCCACACAAACUGUGCUGUAAAAUACACAGACACACAUCAAAUCGAGCAAACCUACCUGUGUAGAUAUAACUGAUAACUCAAGACCAUCAAAAUGAAGUAACUGAAGUAGCAGAUGUGUUUGUACCUAUCAUGUGCCUUAACCUUUUCCAUGGUAGAUAAAGAUAAGUGUGUUUUAUAUAACUUUAUUCCUCCCCUUCGACCGUCAUCUCUCCAUUCUGUCUGUUCACCUUCCCUCCCUUCCUUUUCACCCAACGAAGCUCAUCACUUCAUCCAUCCUCAACCCUUCCCCUCUCCCUCCGUAGUGUAGACUGUUGGCGGGUUUCUGCCUUGUAUUACAGUGUAUUAUAAACUUUUAAACAGGUAGAGUCAUUUAAAAAAUGGGUUUGAUUUACUAGAGAAGUAAAGUUAAUGCUUUGGUAGCGAGCAGAAGCAAUGCCACAGUGACAGAAUGUAAUAUGUUAAUUUUACUAAUACCCAGAGGCAAAUAUUACGCUUGUUAAACAUACGGAAAAAUACUGGUUUGUAGAGUAUAAAUUUGGUGUGUUUUCAAUAAAUCAUGCCUAAAAAUUCAA